UCUUCUUCUUCUUAUUAUUAUUAUUAAUGUAAGAAACAAUUUUAAAUUAAAAUGGAUGGAUUAAUAAGUAAAAUACAUUUUAAUUUGCUUGCACAAGGGUCACACUGAUGACGUGUUGACUCUGCUGUUUACCUAGGUGAAAGCGAAAGUAAUUCAAUCAGCAAGUUUCAAGGAACAGCUCAGGUGAGACCAGGAUUCCGUAUUAAGUAUAAAUAUUUUCUUUUAUUCUUAGUAAAAGUUCUGUUAUAUAACAAAAUGGUUGUUUUAACAUCAGAUUAGACUAGAAAUGGCAUGUGAAAUGAUGAUUUGACAUACAUUAUUGUGAUUAAAUGCAGCGUGCUUUGUUCGACCCGCCUCCCAGGUAGGCCUGUGUGUUUUUUUUUAAAAAAGAAUGGCAGAAAGCAAAAAUGCUGCUGAAAAGAGCUCAAGUGGAUCAGUGACUAUGAGGUCCUUGAUACGCGCCUUCUCGUUCAAAACAAGAAUAGAAAAUGAAGAUGGCGCAGCAGAUGGCACUACCUCUAAUACCAAGCUUCCUUCUCCUGACACACAAAAGUCACCUACAACAGAAGAUGGCUUUAGAUUGACAAAUUGGAGAAGAAGUUUCAGGCGACAAUCUAUCCGGGAAAUAUUUAAAUCUGUCUCAGUACAUGGUGCCACAUCCAGCUCUGUAAUGGAGAAAGAGACCACUAAUAACUGUGACUUCACCCAUAAUAUUCUGCCACCACCGUUGUCAGUAAUGGAGAUUAGCAAUCUCAUUCAAAUGGCUGCCCUGAAAGAGGCCUAUCUGAAUAUACUCUCUCUGCAGAAGGAGGUUCAAUGUGAGCAGGAAGCUCUGGGUGAAGGAGCUUCCCCAGUGAAACUGGCCCAUAAAGAGAAAGACCUGAAUCUGCUUUACAACAACCUGAGGGAAAAAUUGACUGAAAUUGUCCAUCAAUCCUGUGCCCAGCCUUCUUGUAACAAAGAGCUACUAGUACAGGUGGCUGGUAUCAUUCAGGAUAAGGAAAAGAGAGAAGGAGAUGUGGAGGGGUUGGGGGGAUGGAGAGAAGUUUGGAGGAUUGCAAUACAGCAAGGGGUGAAAGAGACUCUUGGGAAGAUUCACCUGAAUAGCCAUGAGCAAAAUGUUUCCUGUAUAGGAGUACACUUGGAGCUUUUGGGUAAAAAGAUUGUGGAGCUGCUGGAGAUGGUAAAAGCAGAGAUUUUGAAUUUGUAUCCACCGAGUUUCGAAGUGUUCGAAACCUAUGCUUCAUCUUGUCAUGAAUUUGUAGGUGAACACCUAAAAUUACUUCUGGGAAAGAUCACAGAACUGAACGAUUAUAAUGCCAUGCUGGAUUUUGUUAUCAACCGCUAUCAUAGUGAGAUGAUUCUGAGUAGUCCCUCUUUGCAGCCAGAGAUGAAAGAGCAGAAGUUUCUCACACUAUCUGGUGACUUGCUAGGCCAGAUUAAGGAAGCAUACUGUGACUGUCUACAAGAGACUCUACAUGCCUCACUGGGCAAUGUCAUUAUUGCUGAACAGGAUGAAGUAUGGAAGAAGAAAGUAACACCCAAAAGAACAAAAGAUGGACUAUUCCUCACCUCUGACAUUUAUACAGAUGUCUGUGAAAUGGUCAACAAAUAUUCUGAGAAUUGUGCAAAGAUUGAUGAGAAUCUGGAAAUGAUGGCUGUAUGCAAAUGUAUGGAGGCUCUGAAACACUUUCCCAAAAGAUUUGAAGAGGGGUUUUUAAAGCAGAGCCACUCCUUGUUGGGGUCAGACUUACUGGACUGUUGCCUGUGGGCUGAAUAUCAUGUUGCCUAUAUCAACAGCUUUAGCUCUCUCAAAGAGCACAUGGAGGGCUAUAGAAAGAAGUGCCCAGGGCAGGUGGAAGAACUUGUGAUAGAGGUGGAUGGACUCAUUGACUGUCUGAGACAAGCUCUGCUGGAGCAAUUUAGAGUUGAAAUUGAGCCUUACCUGGGUGGUCUAAUGACCAAGAAUUGGCUCAACACAGAUGCUGAUUUCAAUGAACUGUUUAACAGAAUAGAGACUUACUCUGGAUACAGCAAAUCCAUGAGACGUCCAGCUGCACAAUCUUUUGCCAAUGAUGUGCAUUACCAUGUAGUGAAAGUGUACAUAUCUGAAUUACUCAAGAAUAAGUACUCCUGCAAAGGCAAGAAGAAUGAGGAUGCCGCUGCUAAAAUAGAUGAGCAGUGGACUGAGCUUAAGAACCUGUUCUGUGAAAUGGGAUCAACCUUAGACUGGCUUCACCCACUAGGAUAUCAAGUUAGUAAAAUCAUUGAACAGCAAAAUGAGAAAGAUAUAAAGAACGUCUUAACGCCAUUGGUUGAAAAUUACCCAGACAUAAGUAAAAAGCAACUCUCAGCUAUUCUAUACUUCAGAGACAGUAGUUUAAAGUUUGAGAGGUCACCGGCCAUUCAGUGUUUCACGGAGCUUAAGCGGAAGAUAGAUAACGGGAAAGCAGAAAAUACUGGAAAUCGCACCUUCUUCAGUGACAUCAAGUGAAACAGACAUCAGCCUGGUGCCCUUCUAGAAGUCCCUAAUCCUUGAUGACCUCAAUCACCUGUGUCAUGAAGGAAGUUCAGGUUGGAUGCAAGUACAGGUUUUAUUAAAACAAACAACCCAACAAACAAAUCUAAAAGAACAUUCAAAGAAUGUGGUCAAGAAACAGACACUGAAAAAAAUAAUAAUGCAGAUACAGGUCUCAUUUACUAGGAUAUCAAAUUAGUCAAUAUCACAAAUUUGCUUACAUUUAAAUAGGGACCUAGAAAUAGUGCAGAAUGUUGAAUUUAAAAUAUUCAAGAUAUUGAACAUUUAUUAUCUUUGUUUUAGAUACUUAAAUAUCCUAAAACCUUCUGUUUAUUUCCAAUUUUAAAUGAAAAGAAAAAUCCUGAUUGUCAUUGUGGUCUCAGACUUUUGGACCUCACUGUAUAUACUGUAUAUACACACAAACAAUAUAUACAGUCAUGGGAAAAAAGAAGGCACAUCCUCCUUUAGUUCUACAUUUUUUAUUUUUAGGCCUAAAUAACAAUUGUGUGGUCCUCAUGAACUCCUACAAACAAACAUAAGCUCUUAUGGAGGUUAGGACAGAUGCAAGUGAAGAUAAGAGCUUUAUUAUAGGAGAGAGGCAGAUAAAUCCAAAUUGUGAAACAUAGGCGUGGUCAGAACAAGCAAAGGGUCAGGCGAACGGCAAACGGACAUGAAUCAAUCAAGGCAAAGCACAAACGAGAAACAAGAUCCAAAAAAAAAAAACAUACCCGAGAACAAUAUAACACGACUUGGUACAGUGAAUAUACUCAAUACUUCACGACAAACAAUGGACACACGAGGGGUUUAAAUAAAAAACGUAAUUAAGGGUGAAUACAAAACAGCUGAGACUAAUGAUGUCACAUAAGGGAACAACCAAUGACAAUACAGGGGCAGAGAUAGGACAUUAACCAUAACAAAACACACGUGUCAGAAGUAAACAAAGUCAAUGUCACUGACAAACCCAGAAGCGCGUGCUCACGCUUUGAGCUCGCGCUUCGGGUUUCAGAGCGCGCCGCAUGCUCCAGCGCUUUGCACGAGUGGAAAUCAUCACAUCAGGUGACAACAAAAAAAAUACAACAGAUUUCAAUAUGUAGUCAUUUCCCCCAAAAAAGUAAACCAACAUUCAGAAAAAAUAAGUACACCCUUCCAUCUUCCACAAUCAUUAAGCACGUAAUUAGCAGCUAGACAUUAUUAAUGAAAUGCACAAGAUUAAUUAAUAAUCAGGAACAUGUGACUGCCUUUAUAAAAUUGGACCACUCAAUUGUUAUUCAUCCCAUGUUAAAUGAAAACCUAGAAUUGAAGGAGGAUGUACUUCUUUUCACCAUGACUGUAUAUAGUGUGUGUGUGAUGAUGGGAAAUUGAGUUUGUGGUGGAAAUAUGGUCAAAGACAUGACAAAAUGUGAAUAUGUAGUAAAAUCUUACAUGUUAAUCAAUAACAAAUAUGUGAAAUAGGAUGAGAAUGCUAGCUGUAGCCUAUGUAAAUGAAAACAGUGAUAAACUUUUAAAAAAUCUGCUUGUAAAAUAGCCUAGUUGUUUACAACAUAUUAGUAGUUGGGGUGUGUUUAAAAGGUGUUUUAACAAAUGUAAUUAUCUGUUUGGGCUAAAGGUACGUUUGAAUUUUGAUUCACAAUUUUUAUAUUUUCACAAAAUUCAUAUUUAAAAAGAAUACACAUUUUCAUUUUCAUAUUCCUGUUGUUUUAUAUAUUAAGAUCCUUUAUAAAACCUACCCUACCCUACAGCUACUGUGUUUUUUGUAUACAUUCAUGAAACUUGGAUUCCUAUUUGAGACAUCUUUCUCUGUACAUUACUGGUAGUUUCCACUAGAUGGAGAGCCACAGAAGGUGUUGCAUGUUAUAUAAACAGAGUUGGGGGUAACAUGUUACUGCAAUCUAAUGACUUUUAGAUUAUGUAGUAAUAUAACACAUUGCAUUUUAAAUGUAUAUAAUUUGAAAACAGUUACUGAUGUCAAUAAAAUUACGUUACUUGCAUUACAAAUUUACUGUUAAGAAAACAAAAUUAAGUAAAAUGUAUUUUUAAAAUAAAUUAUGUUUUGCCCCGAAGAUUUUUUCUUUAGCCACGAAUAAUUCUCCACUUGGAGCAGUUUGACAACGUGUAAUUCUAUAUCUUCAGUGAAUGGAGGCGAGACCAAUCAGACAGGGUUUACAUGAAAAUAUGUGGAAAUACUCGUGUCUUAUUCGCUGACAGCUCUCAAUUCUGCCAAACGCUAGCUCACAGUCAGUGUGAGGAAAAAUGGAUAUAUGCCAAUCUCUUUUUAACCAGUAGAUAGGUUGAAACUGAAGCAGUAACAUCCUCUGAUGCUGAGCAGGAAAAUAAGGUGUGUAAAUAUCUAUAUGAGUUCCAGUUUACUUGAACAUGAUAUGAGCAGACCAUAAGGAAAGAUAAUGUACUUUUCAUGGUGCUGUAGCAGCUAAACCCAUACAAUGAUAGCUUAGUUGUGCCUUGCCUUGAUUUGUGACACCAAACUAGCCUAGUUAGAAAAGUUUUAUAAUUUUUCUGUUUGGUAGUCCUACAAACAGUGACAACACCCGAGGCAAGUGAUACGAUAAAUCCAACUUUUUCUGAUCAUGUCAUACAUUGCACGCUAAAAUUACUUUCACUUUGUAGUGUAUUUUUGUAGGUUUGAUAGGUUUUGAAAGUAACAUGAAAGUAAUUAGUAAUCUGAUUACUUUUUACAUGCAGUAAUCAGUAAUGUAAUCAGAUUACAAUGUUAAAGUAGUAAUUAGUCAUCUGCAGUGGAUUACGUUUUUUGAGUAAUUUACCCAACAUUAAAUUAUAAUCCAGUAAUAUAUUCUUUGCCAGCUCAAAUAUAGUAUAAGCCAUUAAAAGUCUGUAUAUUAUUAAAAGGAGGUGAGAUUUGUGUAACCUUCUAGCUUACACUUUGAAAGUAUUAUGGUGCUGUUUGUUAUACAUUUAUGACAACUGACCACGUAUCAUUAGACUGAAGCAGCUUUCUUUAUUGCUUUCAUGCUUUAAUUCCUUUCAUGCUUACGAAACAUUGUGAUGUCUAAAUGGGCUUAAUAAAUGUGCUUUUCUGUUUUGAAUUUAAAUAUAUGAAUUUGACUAGAUAGUGUACUGACAUUGCUGUACUGUUAUUGAAAUUGAUAAUUUUUCAAAGGUGCCAAACAAACAUCAAUAACAUGUGGGAUUUGGCAGAUGGCCUCAUACAAAGCGAUUGACAUCUCAUUUAUACAACUGAGCUGUUGAGGGUUAAGGGCCUUGCUUAGGAGUUAACAUUGCCCCCAUAGGUACAUGACAUUGAUGUAUAAGACACAACACAACCUACGUACAGUGCCAGCUGGUAUAAUUGGGCUAGCAGGGUUAAAGGCAUGGCUCAACUUUCAACAGACACAUUGGAUCCCGUUUAUGAAUCUUUCAGUAAAGUUGUGUGUAAAUCUUUGUGUAAGCCAACCUGAACUAAAAAUUUCCUCUGGAUUUACAAAAGUUUCAGAAAGUUUCUGAUUUUCUUUGUAAUUACAAGGGCUUGUUUAUGAAUACCCAUAUAUUACAAGGCAUGUGCACAUCACAGCUGAUUUGCAUUUGGUGACACCCACAAAACUCCAUAAUGGGUUCACAGGGCUGAAAUGAGGAGUAAAUGGCAAAAAUGAUUUUCUCAGCGGUAUAAAUAAAGGUUUUGGUUCAUAUCUGUAUCAAAAUAAUAUAUACUCAACAAGAAAAGAAACAUCACUUUUUCAGGAGAUUGUAUUUUAAAGAUAAUUUUGUAAAAUCCAUAUAAGCUUUACAGAUCUUUAUUGGAAAGGGUUUAAACAAUGUUUUUCAUGCUUGUUCAAUGAACCAUAAAGAGAACUUUCUACUGAGAUGCCUAGGGUUCCUGCUCACCUGCGUGAACAUGCUAUAGGCCUGCUGCAGGGAGGCAUGAGGACCACAGAUGUGGCCAGAGCAAUAAACUUCAAUUUAUACGGUUGUUGUGUCAAAAAAGACUAGAAGUGCUAAUUACCUUUUCCCAGAAGUAAUCAUACUCAAAAACACAAAUGAAAGUAAAAGUCUAGAACACGUUGGAUGAGAGGAGACAGGAAGGACAGCUGAUUGUCUUUGUAGUGGAAAAUUACAUGUAACCAUGUGUCCCCCCAGACAUGAUCAAGAACUUGCAAAUGCCUUGGUGGAAGAACUGACAAAUCUGGUGCAGUACAUGAGGAUGAGAUGCACUAUAGUACUUAAAGCAGCUGGAGGCCACACCAUAUACUGACUGUUGCUUUUGAUACUGACCCUGACUUUGUUCAGGGACUCAUUAUUCCACUUCUGUUCAUCAAAUGUCUGUGAAACUUGUUCAGUUUAUGUCUCAUUUGUUGAAUGUUUUUAUGUUAACACAAAUAUUUAUACAUGUUAAGAAAUUUGCUGAUAAUAAAAGCAGUUGAAUGUGAGAGGA